AUGUCUCUCCCUGGCUGGACUGUUGGGGAUGUCUGCGGUAUUGGAAAUCACGAAAGCUGGAUAAGAUAUGCCCUAAAACGCCCCAACAUUUGCGCUAGAUGCUAUGGCAUCAUGGCAGAUAUGGAAUGCUUGCAUCACGCCAUAUCCAGAGAAGGAUUCAGCUUGCAAGUCUCGCUCCGAAGUCUACAUGAUUCUGCCGAAUACUCUUUUUGCCGCAUGUGCAGCAUCUUCCUUUGCUUGGCUCUGCAUUCUCUACAGGAUGAAAGCUCCUUCACUUGGCCCAUGGCUAGGUUUCUCGAUGCCCAUGACACAGCCACUGCAACCCUCAACGUCCAGGCCGUUCUUCGACCCGAGGGCAUGAGAACGUCAGCUUGCGAUAUCCAUGAGAUACUCCUGCACGGAGGGAUAGUCGGUGCUGGAAUUUCGGCGGGACACUUUAUGCACAGCCAUUUCAGAUUCAAGGUGUAUGCACAUCCCGGCGAUCGAGCAGCCGCUUACAUUAGCUCUCGGGACUGUGACCUCAAUGUGCAUUCCAGCGCUGCUUUUGUAAAGAUCAGGUCGUGGGUGGCGGACUGUGAUACCCACCACCAAUAUUGUCCACGCCCGGCGCCAGUGCCACUGCCAACACGCGUACUUGAUCUGCAAAACCAAAACACUGUUAGAAUACACGAGGCGCAAACCGAAUACGGCCAGUAUGUCGCCCUGAGCUAUUGCUGGGGCAGUAACUCACAAUCCGGAACUCCUCUACCGACUGGUAUAUCACCACCAGCUUGGCAGACGAUUCCGGCUUCAGGUCUGCUAAUCACUUCUCUAGAUGGCCCCAAAUGUCUAGAAAUUUCGGCACUUCCGCGUACCAUUCAAGACGCAAUUACGGUUACGAGGCAAAUUGGUCUCAAGUAUCUUUGGGUCGACGCACUCUGUAUCAUCCAGGACUCAGUUGAAGACAAAGACGCCGAAAUUGGACAGAUGGCGCAGUACUACCAGAAUGCUUCAGUCACCAUCAUCGCAGCCAACGCGGGUAGCUCCGAUAAAGGAUUUUUAGCAUCGAACACUCAGCCGCGUUGCCUAGAACCGGAUGCUGUGUCAUACCGAUUCCAACUUCCAAUGGCUUUCUCGGACGAGGUGGUGGAUGUUAUUAGCGCUGAGUAUUGCAUCUGGGAUAACGGCACCUCUCCCGAACCCUUGGAUCGCCGUGCUUGGGCUUAUCAAGAACAAAUUCUCUGCCGACGGGCUUUGACAUACGGCACGUCAACCAUGACUUGGCGAUGUGAACAAGGCAUACAGGGAUGGAACUCGUGGUUACGAAAACAUCAAAGCGAAGUAGCCAAGGUUCUUCCCAAACACAGCAGCCAGUAUCCAUAUAAGGAAGCCUGGAAAAAUAUGGUAGCCGUCUAUAGCCACCGCAAUCUCACCUUUCCAGAGGACAAGCUACCUGCCAUCUCGGCACUGGCAAGCCAGAUUCACCACCUGUCCGUCCAGUCUGGAGGUGGGCCUGGAAGAUACCUCGCAGGGCUCUGGGAAAAUGAUCUGCUUGAUCAGUUGAUCUGGUUCGCAGCUCCAACAGAGAGUCACCCUGUGCAGUGCACCCCGUACCGCGCCCCAAGCUGGUCUUGGGCGUCAGUCGAGUGUCCGGUUCUCUUUCCGGACGCAAGUAGUGGUUUGACCCUUGGUGCACUCGAAAGCUCGAAGGGCCUGCACCUGGAGAUCAUCGACUGCGAUGUGACAGCCCGCUCUGCCUUGUUGCCACUGGGCCAAGUUACUGCGGGCCGGCUGCGUGCACGAGGCUGUCUGGUUCACGGGAGCAGAGUUCCAAACCCGGGGGCUUGGCUGCUAGGUACAUUCCGAGCAUCGGGGACAAGGCUGGUCUCUCAAAAGCGCGGUCAUGUUGGUGGUUGCAGGUGCAACACCGCCAUGGCUUGGUCUUGGAGCAUGUUGACGGCGCAAUUUACAGACGCGUUGGCUGCGUGGUUAGAAACUGGCCUGAGUCUAGCGAAGAAAGACGCAUUAUAG